AUGAGAGAAGCCGCUGACCAGCCAGCUGAUACGGUGAUGAUGGUCGAUGUCCACGGCAGAAUCAUCUCAAAGCCUCAAUCGACAAUCGAGGAAGACACCCUCGACUUAAGGAAUGAGGGUAUCUUGUCCCAGAGGACGCAGGGAGUUUUCUUCGAUCCAACAAACGCGAGUCUCUGUCGCUCAGAUCGCACGUACUUCGACGACGCCGCCACCGCUCUUCCCGCCGAGAGAGAAGAGGAUGUACCCAUUGCGUAUAAAAGACAACUGGUAGCGUCCUUCAACAUCAUGGGGCAGUUCGAGCGGCGACCAUCCCACGCUGGUCUGGAGGAUGUUGAGCGCACAUCGGAAACCCAUGAUCAAGAUCGGUCAGAACAGCAGCAAACCGGCCUUGAGGCGGGCCCUAGAGCGCCGCAGAAUCACCAUCCUCGCCGCGGAGAACCGACCGAGUCCAACAGACACAGCAGCGGAUCGAAUGGCUCGAAUGGUCCGACGCAUCCUACUUCCUCCUCGACAACUUCCGAGUCGGGUCUAUCGUUUGCAAAUAGGAUGCUGGCAUCCAAACACAAUCUGAAGCUUUCCGGCUUCAGAGGCGAUUCUCAUUCAUCCCACCACCUGAUACAUUUCAUGCCACAAUCCUCCAACAACUCGAGAGCGUCUUCUGCGAAGACUUCGUCGAGUUCUCUUCAUGCUAUGAACGAGGACACCGUCGCUGAGCCUCGUCCGGAGCCUUCCAGUGGUCUUUCUCGAUCGUCUCUCGUCAGAAGACUAUCGCAACAACUCGAAUUAUCCUUUGGUCAAUCUCUCGUUCCGAAAGCUAAUCCUGUGAAUACAACCGCCGACUUCCCUGUAUAUCCCGAUCAGUCCUAUGCGGUACUACAAUCGCAGAUUCACCCGUCUCCUUAUCAGCCUUAUCUCCGAGGGCGCAGUUCAUAUCCAUCGCCGACCGAGAAUAUUAGACCAUACGAACAUGCCUUUACCGCCACCGGCGCCCGGACUGUCGGCAACACGCCCAUCUCUACUCCAGGUCUCUUUACUGGCCGGAGUGCCCGUACCUCUCCCUCAGUUGGCUCCGACGAUGAGGGCUAUACAUUCAGUCCUUACCUUCACCCGACACAUUUACAACCACCCAAAGAAACCCACACCGCCGAAGUUGAGCGAGAUCUCCAAACAGGAAAUAAACUCAUCAAUGACUACGAGGUCCUGGAAGAGCUUGGACGAGGUGAACAUGGAAAAGUUAAACUUGGCCGCCAUCUCAUCACCAAACAACCGGUCGCAAUCAAGAUCGUCCAGCGGUACUCCAAGCGACGUCGUCUAGGAAAACUAGGCAAUCCAGAGGACAAAGUCAAGAAAGAAGUCGCCAUCCUCAAAAAGGCGCGGCACCCUAACGUGGUCAGUCUUCUCGAAGUUAUUGAUGAUCCCAACCGUCAGAAAGUGUACAUCGUCCUGGAGUACGUCGAGAAUGGAGAGAUCAAAUGGCGCAAAAAGGGCGUCAGAGAGGUUGUACAAAUGGAUAAGAUGCGAAUGGAGCGAGAAAAACUUGGGCAGCCGGAUUCACCCUACUUCGAGGAAGAGGGACAAUCAAUCAUCAAUAACCUCCAAAACCAACGAAAACGCAGAGAACUUGCUCGUGAACGACACCGUGCUCAAUCGCAAACCAAUCACCGCCACUUGAUCCCUGCCUGGAGUUUGGAGCAUGGUGGAGAAUCCGAUGACGAGUCGAACCCUGAAUUAGCAUUGGCACGGUCGAUUAGCCAAAACCUCGCUCUACAUCAUGAUCGCACAGACCAUGCAGAACAUGGACAAUCCCCAAGUCAAUCAUACAACAGCACAGCAUCCGAAUUCGAUCGUCACAUGCGCGAUUCGGUGUUGGCCGCUGUGGAAGGUAGCAUGUACGGUGCUUAUUCUGAUUACCCACUUGAAAGACGAUACAGUACAGCGUCUAGUCUGUUCGCCUAUUCUUCGUCAGAGGCUGAUCAAUUUUCGGAUGAUGACGACCUCUCUUACGUACCGUGUCUUACCAUCGAAGAAGCUCGUAACGCUUUCCGAGACGCAGUGCUAGGCUUGGAAUACUUACACUACCAGGGUAUCAUUCAUCGUGACAUCAAACCAGCAAACCUCCUCGUCACGGCGAAAGGACAAGUCAAGAUUUCCGACUUUGGUGUAUCAUAUCUAGGUCGGCCUAUCAGAGACGAGGAUGAAGAACAAGUUACCGAGACCGAUGCUGCUGAGCUGGAUGACGCCCGCGGAGAGUUGUCCAAGACCGUUGGCACUCCAGCCUUUUACGCACCAGAGCUUUGUUAUAGUGGUGACGACUAUGUCGACGCGAAUGGCCGGGGCCCCAAAAUCACCGGUGCCAUCGACAUUUGGUCCCUAGGAGUGACUUUAUAUGGCAUGAUCUUCGGACGCUUACCCUUCGUCUCGGAUGAUGAAUACAGCCUGUUCCAAAACAUCGGAAAGAACGAUCUUUUCAUCCCCAAGAAACGACUCAAGCCGGUCGAGGUCGACAGCAGCAAAAUCAGUGCCGAUCCGCGCCACGGUGUGAUGAACAGCAACAAACGGCUAGAGGAUGAGUUUGUAUACGAGGAUAUCGACCCCAUGCUAGACGAUCUCUUACGACGUCUUCUCAACAAGGAUCCUCAAAAUCGCAUCACAAUCAAAGGCAUCAAGACCCAUGAGUGGGUGUUGCAAGACUUGAAGGAAGAUCCUGCCGACUGGGUACAAAAGACCGACCCGCAGAGCAAAGGCAACCGAAUUGAAGUCUCGAAAGAAGAAGUCACUAGUGCCGUCAGUAAAGUUCCAUUUGUUGAUCGCGUCAAAUCGCUGGCCAAGUGGCUCAAUCCUCGACGAGAAGGACGCUCCCACCCCAAACGGCCUUCCAGUGCGGCUGGAUCUUCUGCAGACUCUGUUGCAUCUUCCAGGGACUCUAGCGGUGCAUCGGGUGGUCGGAGAGCUAGCUUGCGCGGUGACGAAGAUAUUCUACGUCCAUUCAGAGCUGUUCGAGAGGAACACCCGCUUUCUCAAAGCGUCACCGCUAGUCCAGACAGCACGCCUGACCGAUCCUCCUACUUCGAUCAAACACCUCAUUACGAUGUGGCAGACGAAACACCUCGAGCGUAUCCUUCCGAACGCUUGUCGAUCUUGUCAACCACGGCGUCAGCCAAGACAGUGAGACCAAUACCAUCAAACAAAAGCUUGACACCACCAGCUGAGACUACGGAGACCUUGACGGAACAACACAGUAUACCAGCACCCAACCUCGCCGGCAUCUUCACAGGGGCUACUCAUCAUCGAGCAGACAAGACUGAUGAUGAUCGCUUGCUGUCAUUUGACGGGCCCGCGAGCGAGACGGAUGGCCAUGCUGAACCCAGUGUGGCAUGGAGUACUGCGUCUGCUACCGGACAGGUUCAAGUUCCAGUUGCUACUGUAUGGGAGCAGCACGAGCGACCUCAGAGCCAGGGAAACGACGUUACUCGAAGUCUUUCGUCAGCAGGACAUCGUCGCAAUCGAUCAGAACAAAUCCCGCCCGAAGUCAGCGAGCAAUCCUUCCGGUCUGCCAAAGAAGCACUGUUACGCCAAGCGGCAGAUUACACCAGGUCUGAAGAGGAGCAAGCUUCCGAAACCACCCCCGUUGACAACAACGAGCGUUCUGUUGAGCCAAGCCCGACAACAUCGACACAUCACUUACCCUCGGACGGAGGUUUGAUGACCUCUCCGCCAUCAGCCGCGACUAUCUCAACAACGUCGGUUGAUGAGUAUGCAAGCGAAAUGUCCCAAAGUGUGUCGCAUCCAAGCUUGCCAUCUAUUGUCUCUGGUGCCUCGUCAUUCUCUGGUGAUGGCCUCCACACGCAUAUUGAAGAACGGAGUAAAGAGCUGGACACCACGCCUUAUAUCUCCCCCAUUCUUCGAACUGGGGAUACAAUUACGCCGAGGAAUAUCAAAGCGGCACGCUCUGCUAACGAAGAGGGUUAUGAUUACGACUGUGAUGAGGAAGAUAUCGACUCCGAAGACGAAGGCAUUGUCUUUGGCAGGAAGAAGCCUUCGACGUAA